ACCAUAUCAUUACAAACUUUGCACAAGUCGCAUGUUUAGCAUUGUUUUAUUGAUACUAAGUCUGAUGUUGCACACAUCGCAUGGCGAGGGACAGGAAAGGGUUAAUUUUUUCCGCCGCCGACAUUUUUGUUCGGCGGUCUACGGCAACUUUUUAACUUACAUGUGCAACGAGCUGGCACUAUGUUUCACAACUGUUGUCACAUUUGUAGUGCAACGUGCACGGUGUGUGUUUUUAAAUGAAUUACAUCUCGCCGGCCCGGACGCUCUUUGCUCUUUGUUGCUCAGAGAUGCUUAUGCUCAUCACCUCAUGCAUGGAUCAGCGUUUGCUAGCAAGAGCUAGCACCGAAACGAGAACUGCAUUUUAAGCAAAACAAACAAAUGUGAAAGAUGCCGCUGUCACUGUCAGCAUAUACAUCUCAAAGCUGAGAGCCCAGUGGUUUAUAAUGUAGGGCCCAAUACACAGAAUGGACAAGUUUACCUCUGGGCAGCGCUAAUAUUGUCAGCCAGUGCCUCAGGGUUGAAUGAACUUGGCAACAUUUUGUCUCUUGAACACUCCCACUGUUUACUAACCGAAGCCCCCUCAGUGACUCACAGCAUUUUAAACCACAAACCGGGUUUAUAAGUAAACAAUAACUUCAUUGGCUUGUCUUUCAGGUGGCCAAGUGUUUCCCACAGGCAUGUCAUUGUGGAUCAUUCGUUUGUUAUUUCUGUUGAAACUACAAAUAUGAGAGUCGAUCAGCUCGCUCCAGCUCAUUGUGAAGUUUUAUGUUGUCAGUGUGUCUCAGUUGUGAGGAUUUGCUGCUGCUUUUCGCCGUUUUAUAUAAUUGUAAACUGAAUAUCUUUAGAUUGUGGACUAUUGGACAGACAUUACAAGAAACAUUGCAAGUGGUGAGGGCCCAGAGUUUCUUCAGACAUGUCCGUGAGGGAGUCCUUUAACCCCGAAAGCUAUGAGCUGGACAAGAACUUCAGGCUCACACGCUUUGCUGAGCUCAAGGGCACAGGCUGCAAGGUGCCGCAAGAUGUGUUACAGAAGCUGCUAGAAACCCUACAGGAGAACCACUAUCAAGAAGAUGAACAGUUCCUGGGGGCAGUUAUGCCUCGAUUAGGCAUAGGUAUGGACACCUGUGUGAUACCUCUCAGACAUGGAGGCCUUUCUCUGGUCCAGACUACAGAUUACAUCUAUCCUAUUGUGGAUGACCCCUACAUGAUGGGGAGAAUUGCUUGUGCCAAUGUUCUAAGUGACCUGUACGCCAUGGGAGUGACAGAGUGUGACAACAUGUUGAUGCUUCUGGGAGUCAGCAACAAAAUGUCAGAGAAGGAGAGAGACAAAGUCAUGCCACUGAUCAUCCAGGGAUUCAAGGAUGCUUCAGAGGAGGCAGGCACAUCUGUAACAGGAGGACAGACGGUGCUCAACCCCUGGGUGGUGAUGGGAGGAGUUGCUACAACAGUCUGCCAGCCUAACGAAUUUAUCAUGCCAGACAAUGCAGUGCCAGGAGAUGUGUUGGUGUUGACCAAGCCACUUGGAACGCAAGUGGCCGUUGCAGUACACCAGUGGCUAGAUAUUCCUGAGAAGUGGAACAAGAUCAAGCUGGUGGUAACCCAGGAAGAUGUAGAGCUGGCCUACCAUGAAGCCAUGAUGAACAUGGCUCGGCUCAACAGGACAGCGGCUGGUCUCAUGCACACCUUCAAUGCCCACGCAGCCACCGACAUCACAGGUUUUGGCAUCCUUGGCCACGCUCAGACAUUGGCACGACAACAACGAAGUGAAGUGUCGUUUGUCAUCCACAACCUCCCAGUGCUGGCCAAGAUGGCUGCAGUGUCCAAGGCCUGUGGGAACAUGUUUGGUCUCAUGCACGGCACCUGUCCUGAAACAUCAGGAGGCCUGCUUAUCUGUCUGCCCCGGGAGCAGGCUGCCCGCUUCUGUGCCGAGAUCAAAUCUCCAAAAUAUGGAGAGGGCCACCAAGCGUGGAUCAUCGGGAUCGUAGAGAAAGGAAACCGCACUGCUCGCAUCAUUGACAAACCUCGGAUCAUAGAGGUAGCACCACAAGCUGCCACGCAGAAUGUCAACCCAACUCCUGGUGCAACCUCUUAAUCCUCACUGGCUGAAUCAUAGACCGGAACCCAAAAGCUCUGUUGAGUGAUUUUAGACACAUAAACUACAAAACCAUCCUAGAGUGUUGAAAUAUAUACACAAUAUAGUACGUACACAGAAAAGACUGGGUUGGCGUGUAUCUACAUGAAAAACAGCACACACACCACACAGUGGCCCGGGGAGCAUGUCACCACCCAGUGGACUCAACCUGCAGUAUCCCCAUGAUAAAAAUUGGUAAGAAAUAGAGCAUACUUAAAAUCCAUAUGCCUUUUGUGUCUGUUGUAUUCUGUUAUGUUAAAUGUGCUUGACUGGCAGGCAGCUUCUGGUGAGAGAAUGAUGAAGACAAUAAUCUGAUACUGUUGAUUCAUUUUGAAUCUUAGGAAGUCUGGAGUCUGUUGCCUCUUUUAAAGUUGUUCUCAUAAGCAACAUCAAGGUGAUGUGAUGGUGUUUUUUGUUUGUCCAUUCACUUUGUACAGUUAUAAAGCCUAGUAUUAGUUCAUUGCUGUAACUGAUGCUUUGAAAGAAACUGAGUGUGACCAGAAUGGUUUGUUUUUUAUUACUUUGACUUUUUGUAAUGUCCCCACAUAAACUAAUAAAUAUUCAAAUAGAAGACGGCUUGUUCUCGCUGUUUGGGAGCUGCAGUCAUGUGAAUGAACUAAGUCAAAUAUGACAUUAUCUAUUUACAUCAUAUAACUGCGGAUUGAUGUUAACAUAAACAGCUGAUGCAAGUCAUAAAUGAAUCACGGUUUAAAGUCAUAGAUGAGAAGAAAUGACCAUGGCCCUCAGGAGAUGGACCCUCUACCAUCUGCAUUCCCAAUAAUCAGAAUUGUGCAACUGUAUAAAAGGGAAAAAAAGUUUGUCAGUCUGCAAUUGCCCUAAUCUGUGAGCUUGCUGCCUGUUGCCUUUGCUCAGGAUCUGGUGCAUUUAGUUUUGCUUUCUCAAUGUUGCCAUAAGAUGUACUGAGAGAAAUCUGACUUAGUGUAAAGAAGCUUCCAGCUGAUCAAAGUCCAGAUCAUUUUUGUUUAUCCUAAUAGCAGGAAUGAAUCUGGAAUGCCUCUGUAAAUGUUCUUAUGGAUAUCAGGAACAAAACAUAACCUCCCCCCCACCUCUUAUAAUAAACUUCUCUUAUAAUA